CAGUAAUUUCAAAAUGAGAUUUGGGAAAAAUGUUUGCAUAUUCUAUCACGCAAAUCUCCAGUUUCUCUCGAAUAUUCGCCGAAAAUUCCAUGAGUUUGCUCAGUUUGUACUGAUAAAAUUAUUGAUCGGAGGCGUUCCAGAUUGCUGUCGAAUAAUUUUCGCAGGUGCAGGAGGAGGAAACAUGUAUGGCUCUGGAAAAAUGAAGAGAGUUACUGCUGAAUUGGAUAAUAAGGUGAAGGCGCGAAUCGUCGGCGAGGAUCGAUCGGAGCUCGAUUACGUCACCAGCGGCAGCGAGUACAGCGGUGGAGGUGAUGACAACGUCGUAUCGUUGAGUUUACCAGAGCUUUUUUUCGAUUUCAGCGCUCGCGACGUCGGCGAGUCGUCGCUGGACAGCGGCGACCGUGACUCCGUUUCCGAGUGCGAGUCGUCGAUUGACGAGAGGUGUUUGCGGUUUGUGGAUUUGAUUAAGCCGAUUUUGUUAGAUCGGACGGAUGAGUUUAAAAAUGUGCUCGCGGAUGAGGUUUCGAAGGCAGUGAGGCGGUUUGCGAGUGUGGAAUCGGAUAAACGGACGAUGCGGAGGUAUGUGAUGGCGGCUUUGAGAGAUUUAGGGUAUAAUGCGGGGAUUUGCAAGACGCAUUGGGAGAGAUCCGGCGGAAUCACCGCCGGAAAGUACGAGUUCAUCGAUGUUCUCGAAAAAAACUGCUCGUCAGCGAGAUAUUUCGUCGAUUUAAAUUUUCCGCCGGAGUUUGAGAUCGCGCGGCCGACGAAUUCGUACGAGCAUCUGUUGCAGCACUUGCCGGCGGUUUUCGUCGGUACAGCCGACGACUUGAAACAGAUUGUGAAGUCGAUGAGUGACGCAGCGAGGAUAUCGUUGAGAUUCCGAGGCCUCCAUCUGCCGCCGUGGAGGAAGAAUCGGUUUCUGCAGAACAAGUGGUUCGGUUCCUACCGCCGGACGACGAACCUCUUUCCGGCGACGGCGAACCAGACUAACGCCGUUAUGUACUUCGCCGUUGGUUUCGAUAGCGCCGUCAACGACGGUCGUUUGGCGCGCUAGCCGUCUGCAGCGCGUACCAAAAGGCUGCAGUUACGAAAAUAAAUUUCAAUAAAUUUAAAUUAUUUUAUUAAUUUCUGAGCCUUAUCCUGUGAAUAUAUUUUGGUGUUUACGCGGCAAAUGCACAACGGACGCGGCGCCGCGGGUAAUGUUGGCUCCACCGUCGGAUGAGUUCAAUCGUGCGGUUAGA